UUCGUACAUGUAACUGUAACUGUUAAUCAAACGUGUAUAUUUUCCAAACAAAAGUAUUUCGUUACAUUAACGAAAGGCGAUGAAAUUAAUUAAUUUUAAAUUUCGAAAAACCGUUCGUUUUUUCUUAAUUUUUGUUGUAAUAUAUAUGUCGCCGGAUUGGUGAUUUCCGUUGAAACGUACGUAAGUGACCUACCAAAUACAUACUUCAAAAGUAAUUAAUGUACUAUAGUGUUAUGGCGUAUCGAAGUUUACCUGAUAUCGUAAAAUAACCUGUUUUACAUGUAAACAAACUUUGUUCAAUAUUUUUUACAUUUUCAAAUAUUAAGUUGAUAAAUUAGAUAUUUUGAAGUAUGAUUAAUAGUGUAAGAUGAAUUCAAACGGCCUGAAAGUAUUAAAAAAAGGCAAUCCAUACCCUCAGGGGAUGCGAUGUCAGAAAUGUUUAGAAAUGGGACAUUGGAGUUACGAGUGUAAAGGAAAAAGAAAAUAUUUACAUAGAUCUUCACGUACAUCACAACUGAAAAAAGCCUUAAAGAAACAAGAAGAAUUUAAUAUAGAAGAACAAAAAAAAGACGUCAAGAAAAGCCGGCAGCAGAAAAAAAUGAAGAAAGAGUCUAGCAGUUCCAGUGAUACAAAUUCUAGUGCUGAAAGCAACAGUUCUAGCAGUAGUAACGAUAGCAGCAGCAGCAGUUCAUCAUCGGACAGUGAAUCAGACUCUAGUGACAGUGUUUCCAGUAGUAGCAGUGGUAGUACUAGUUGUAGUAAUACUAGUAGUAGUGGUAGUAGUAGUAGUAAUAGUAGUAAUUGUAAUUGUUCUAAUGGUAAAUAAUAUUUACAGUAAGCUUAAAGAAGAUUAAGUUUCAAUUAUCUUAUCACUCAAUUAUAUUGUAAAGCAACAGUUUUCCAUUUUCACAAAACUACUCCUUCUAGAUAAUUUUAAAUAUAGAACAAGAAGUUUGUUGCGAAUAGAGAAACAUUUUAAAUAUUUGUGGUAUUCUGCUGGUCCUUAUAUUACCAAUAUAUGUACAAUAAGAUUCAUUGUACAAAAUUUAGGUAAUUAAGGUACUUAUAUAUAAAUUACAUUUUAAAUGACAAAUUAUACAAUGUGCCUUAUAGUUGAAUAUUAUUAUUUAUAUUAUGGUAUUAACACCUUCCUAAUUUAUUAAAUUCUUGUAACAGAAAAAGAAAAUAAUUCUAUAAUACGAAUUUUUCCAUAAAACAAAAAUCAUUUAUUUGCAAAAAAAGAACAAAAAUAAUAGAUAUAAACAUAAAAAAGUAAAUAAAAUAUAAUUAGGUGUUUAGUUAUAUGACAGAGUAUCAUAAUACAAAUUAAAGUAUGCUCAUGUAUAUGGUUUAAUGCGUUAUUAGUCAUCGAUACUCUCAGGAAGUGUUUGUAUUAUUACUUUUCUUUUUGAUUCAUAUACAAAGUUAUUCGAUUUAAAAAUGUCACUUUCAUAAAAUGGCUGAACAUUAUGUAUAUCAAUUUGUUUAGCCUGAAAAACAAAAAUACAAAAAUAUAUUCGUAUAAAAGAAAUAAUGUUCAUAGAACUAUGAUAAUAUGUCAAACAGAAGAAACUAUUCAUACCCUGUCUAAUAAAUCUUUUUCCGAGAUUUCAAUUGCUGUAAUGCGAUUUCCAUGUAAAGCUUUUUGGAAUGCUAAAGUAUCUAAUGUAACUUGUCUAAGUAUGUAAUAUAAAAGUUCACUGUGAUCUUUUUUGUACGAUAAGUAUUUCUGGAACGUCUGUAAUAAAAUAUUUGUUAUAAAUAUUUUAAUAAAGUCAUUGUAAAUUUAUUUAAAAUAUGAAUGAAAGUAUUUACCUGUCGCAUACUUCUCAUUACUGAAUACUUUUGUGUAUCAAUAAAACUAUCAAGCAUCAUUCUGAUGGCAAUAUUAAUAUCGUUUUCUUGAACAUGAUCUCGCAAAUGAAUU